CAGGAAGGAACUGGAAGCUGUUAUGGAAAGUAGUGUAAAGUGCAAAAUGACUUAUCAAAAUAUGCCAUUAUAUCGUGGAACCAUGACUUAUCUUUAGCUCGUUUUUGGCAAAUCUCUCAUAACAAGUUCACCAUGUCUGACCACAACGAUAUCAGUCUCCAACCCGAGGAGCGCGUCCGUGUUCUCACAAAGAUGGGAAGUUCGGUCGAGGUGAACGAGGAUGUUCCGCCCCGACGAUAUUUCCGAUCUGGCAUGGAGAUGAUCCGCAUGGCAAGUGUUUAUGCCGAUGAAGGGAACACGGAGCAUGCAUUUAUUCUCUACAAUAAAUAUAUAACACUUUUCAUCGAAAAACUUCCCAAACAUCGAGACUACAAAACAGCCAAUAUACCAGAAAAGAAGGAGACCAUGAGGAAACUGAAAGAGAUCGCUUUUCCAAAAGCUGAAGAACUGAAGAAACAACUCUUAAUACAAUAUGAUAAAGAUUAUGCAGAAUAUCUUGUGAGAAAAAAAGCUGAGGAGGAGGCCUACACACGGGAGCUGGCCCGGCAGAAGCAGCUGGAGGCAGAGCGCCAGCAGCAGGCCGAGCUGCAGCAGCGCCAGCGUGAGCAGGAGCAACUGCUGGCCUUCGAGGAGAUGCUGCGUCGCCAGGAGCUGGAAAGCCAGCGCCAGCGCAUCGUGCGCGAGUUCAACCCACCCGUCGCCCCCACUGCGCCCUCACCUCUCCUGGUGGAUGAUGUCCAGGGACCACCCCAAGCCCUCUUUGUCAACCCAACACCCCCUCAGAGUCCUGGGAGCACUUUCAACUACACCCCCUCUCCAAUCCCAGCCCCAACGUUUGACCGCUCUCUGAAACCCGCUGGUCCAGUCAUCUCGGGGAACAGUCUGACCAUUGAUGGCUUACGGCAAAUUGAUGGCUUAAGGCAACUGGCAGUGCCCUCUGAAUUGUGCCACAAGUUCCUAAAGCUAGCUGAUGCCAACACCUCCCGAUCAGUUGAGACCUGUGGCAUUCUUUGUGGCAAAUUGACCAAGAAUGCCUUCACAGUGACCCACGUGAUUGUGCCCAAGCAGUGUGGGGGACCAGAUUACUGUGACACAGAGAACGAGGAAGAGCUUUUCCUCAUCCAGGACCAGUACGACCUCAUCACCCUUGGCUGGAUCCAUACCCAUCCCACACAAACAGCGUUUCUUUCUAGUGUGGACCUGCAUACUCAUUGUUCCUAUCAGAUGAUGUUACCGGAGUCCAUCGCCAUCGUCUGCUCUCCUAAGUUUAAUGAGACCGGCUAUUUCAGAUUAACCGAUCAUGGCAUGACUGAAAUCUCUACAUGCAAACAGAAAGGAUUCCAUCCACACACUAAGGAGCCUCCAUUGUUUACUGAUAGCCGUCAUGUCAACAUCACUGAUAUUGGUGUGACGGUGCUGGACCUGCGGUGAUGUUUCCUUUGAAGCCAUACUGCGUGCCUUCCUGCUUAACUACAUUAUGGGAACCUCAACUUACAAAGUGGCCUGAUGUACUGUUUGCUCAUGGAUGGACACAGAUGAUAAAAAAACAAUACACAGUUUUUGGCGGCAGAAAAGUUUGACCAUUAUGUUUAAAUGCUUUUUUAUCAAAAGAAAGACUUUUGAAUAGCAAUGUAUGAUUUUUCACAAUACCUUUGAUUUCUUAUUGAAAAUGUGUUACAUAUUUAUACCUGAGCAUUCUUUCACUCUCUUGGUAGAGUAGAGAGUCAUGGUAGAGUGAAAUAGUGGUAUAUUUCAUAAAGAAAGGUCAAUGAAACAAGGUUUCCUUCAAAGGGACCAAGAGAUUGUAGAAGCCAUAUAGUAGAUCAAUAUUUGAUUACUUUUCUCCCGCAAUCAGUUGUCAUUAACAAUUAAAGCACUUGGUCAACAUGCACGUAAACACAGGGUCCAGACCUGAUUACCAUGAUUAUAAGUUAUAAUUGUUAUAAUUGUAUGUCUUAAUAUUCUGUACUGUGCAAUGGUUUUAGUCCAUUCAUUUCAGAUUGAAGUCUAUAAUUGUAAAUGUAUGCUUUCUGACAUGUGUCACUGAACUGGACCUUUUUUUUAUAUAUGUGGAAAAUGCUCUGCUCUGCUAAAAAAUAAUAAAAACUGCAGGGACAUUCCCAUCGAUUAUGUGCUGAUAGCCAGUAUGUAGUGCUACAAUAGAGCCUUACUCUUAGCAUUGCUCUCUGCUGGGAAUAGGUAUGUGCCAAGUCAAGAUUAUGCACAAAGGAAAUUGAAAACAAUGUUUAAGUCAACAUAGAUAAAAAAUCAUUAUAUUGUUUAGUCAUAUUUAUUGUUUCAAAUCCUGUACCAUUUAUAUGUUUUGAAUGUCUGACAGUGAUCUAUUGUUCAUAUACAACCUAAAAUUGUGUUUGAAAGUAAUUCAUGGGCUUAUUACGUUCUGCAAAUGAUUUAGGAGUAAAGCUAAGCUCCAGUGCAGAUGAGAUUUUGAAGGUAUUGUAUAUGCCGUAUUAAUCCAAAUACACAGCACUUAUAAAGUAGGGAAAUUAAAGCGUUCUAAGGUAAUUCAUGAAAUAAUCAAACUUUAUGCUGCAAAGCUCUCUUUCAUUUGAGUUGCUUUUUAUUAUGUGGCUCUAUCUAGUGGUGUCACUACAUAGGCACCCCUAAAUCUUCUCUUGUACUGUUUCUUUGUUUCCUUACUUGUAUUGACUGUUGUAAUUGUUAUAUCUACAGAAAAUUAAAUAUAUUGUCAAAGUGA